GAAGGGAUGUUAAAUAGUAAAAACAAGAAACCAAAGAGAUUAGACAUUCUAAAGAUAGUGUUGGAACUACCUUAUUAGAUUUGGAAUAUUCAAAAAGAAACACAAAUUGUAGUGAAGAUUCAGAGUUCUAUAUGUGGUUCUUUUUUGUUUUUCCUGGGAAAGUUCAUGUCUGUUAAUACAUAUCAAAUUCAUAAAAAAGACAAUUUUAUUUCCUUUUAAAAAUUCAAUUUUAUUUUAGUUCUUUCGGACCUCUAUCCCCUCCCCUUAUGAAUGAGAAGGCAAGAAAUACAAUAUUCCUUAUACAUUUGGUAUUAACCAAACCAAAACUCUGCAUUAGGCAUGUUCAGAAAAUGAGAAAAGGUAAGAGGAAAAAAAAUAUGCUUUCAUCUAAAGUUCAUCAGUUCUCUUUCUGGAGAUAGAAAACAUUUUUCAUUGUGAGUCCUUUGCAAUUGUCAUGGAUUACUGUACUGAGUAGUUUCUAAGUCUUUCAAUUGAUUGUCUCUAAAAUAUUGCUGUUACCAUGUAAAUUGUUCUGCUCAUUUCACUCUGCAUCAGUUCAAAAAUAAUUUUUUAAAAAAUGAUUUUGAUUCCAUGUUUUAAACGAUUUAUUAUUUGCCUCAACUAAGAUGUGAUUUUUUUUUUCAGAAUAUUUACUUGCAUAGGUUUCUCACAUUGUCUCAGACCUAUAGUCUACAAUAAGUUCUCAAGAGGAUUUCAAAAGAGCAUUUGAAAUUCAGUUGUUAAUUACCCCAAUGUAUUGCACAUAAGUCAAUGGAUUGGUAAAGUAUAAAAAUGAGGAUUUUCAUAGUAGUGAUGCUGUCAUACUACACUUUCUUCAGGACUGAAUUUAGUUUCUGCUAAUAGGAGAUUUUUGCCAGGAAUUAUGAUGGAAAAGUGAUUUUUGGUAUCCUAUAAAAUCACCCCAUAUAGCUGACUAGUAAACAUAUCAGAGAUUCAGCAAAUUCAUGCUUUGAAAAAUUGGGAAUCAAAUUUACAAAUGAAGAAACUGGGCCAUCUAAUUAUUAAAUGGACACAGAAACUGGGAAGUGGGGGAAAAACAAAAUCAUCUGCAAAAUAGAAACCCAGAAAUUAAGACUGGCUAAAAAAUAUAUCUCUGGGUAUGAAUCCCUCCCUGGCUUUAAAUGAUAUUUUUAUCAUCUCUUAGUAUCUGAAUUCAGGGAGUUAUGAUCCAGUACUACUAAUGACCUGGAAGAUUCAGAUAGUCUCCAUUUUAAGAAAAGUUUAAGUUUAAGUUCAAGAAGGAUUUGAAAAAGGACUAUCUUUUAUCAUAGGUAUGGAGUGGGUAUUUCUUUAAACUGGGCCAGUAUUUUGAUUUAUUUUGCUUGUUUCAUUGGUGGGGGAGAAGGUUAGGGUGGAAUCAUUGGCAAGGAAAAGCAAUGUAAAAAAAGGCUUUUUAAAAAUUCUUUGUCAGACCUUAAAUUGGCCCCAUAUCUAGAUUUCAAAUCUUCCUCACUAUGCUUUUAAAAAUCAUUGAAUUCUUUUAAGAUUCAGCUAAUAAGCUAUUUCCUGUCAUUUCUUAUUAGUUAUACUGUUAUUCAAUUGUUUUUUGGUCAUAUUGGCUUCUCUGUGACCUCAUUUAACCUUUUCCUGGCUAAAGCAAUGGAAUGGUUUGCCAUUUCCUUCUCCAGCUAAUUUUUUCCAUGAGAAAACUGAAGCAACAAGGGUUAAGUCACAUAGGUAGUGUCUGAAGCCAAAUUUGAACUCAGAAAGAGUCUUUUCUUAUUUUAGGCCUGGCAUUCUAUCCUCUACGCCACCUAGCUGCCCCUCUUAUUAAUUAUUCAUCCCUAAUUUUACAUUCUAAGGAAAAUCAGUUUGAGACAAGAGAUAAAGAAAUAUAUUUUCACUUCGUCAACACUUCAUGUGUUCUGGUAGGUGUAGGUAAUAUAAAGAAACAACAAAAAGCAAAAAUGGAUUUGGAUUAAAAACAGACUCAAAAUUCAAUGUCUCAAAUAAAAUAUGGUUAGUUUUUUCUUGCUGUGAGUCAGAAGAAAACAAAAUUUACAAAUAAGUUUGUCUUUUAUAAGCCUGUGAAACACAAACUGUCACAUUAAUUUAGAAAUAUCUUUUUCUCCUUUAAUGCCGAGUUCCAAAUAAGAUAUGCAGGGUAGUUCUAUGGCAGCUUUCCAAACUAUGAGCCACAUGAGUGAUGACUAAGCCGAAGUGCCAAAGAAAGACAAUAUAGUCUCUAUGGUGGCAUCAGUUGCCCUUGCUGGGGUGAGGGAGAAGGGAACCAUCUGCCAUGUAGAAAAGUUAAUCAUGAAACUGCUGUUUUUCACCAAAAAGAAUGAUAGGUGGCAUUAUAAAUAUUCACAAAAGAGUCAUAGGGAAAAUUUUUAAAAGUUUAAACAUUGGAAUUCUAUUGGAACAAAAUUUUAUAUAGCCUUGACUAAUGGAAAGCUGCCCUAUUGAAUACUUGGAAAAGAAAGUUCUUGUCAAUAAAAUUCCUGGCACUGUCAAAUGGAUAAUUUUUGUCAGCAGAAAUGACUUUAAAGAUCUAUUACAAUCUCUCCUAUUAGAAUAUGAAUAUAAGUUCCUUAUAUAAGGAAAUUCUUCCUAACACUCAAGGAGAUUUACAACAUAGUGGAUACAACAUUCCACCCAGGUUCCAGAGAGUGAGUUCAAAUCCUGCCUUCUACCUUAGUUAUGUGGCCCUAGGCAUGUAAUCUCACCUCUACUGACCUGGGUUUUGUCAGUAAUAAAGUGGGGAAAAUAGUAAUAUCCACUUUACAGGAUUGUGGCGAGGUUCAAAUAAAAUAAUAUAGGUAAAGCGCUUUGCAAAUCUUAAGUCAUUUUGUAAAUGCAAGCUAUUAUUAUAUUUCCACUUCCCGCUACCUUAGCUUCAUCAUCAAAAACAGUACGGAGAUUAAGAUUGAUUUUCCUUACAGCGAUAUUACAUAUUUGUUUGCAUGUUGUCUAUUAAAUUAUAAACUUCUUGAGUGCAGGGGCUGUCUUUUUUACCUUUUUUUUUUUUUUUUUUGGUAUCUAGCAUUUAGCGUAGUGCCUGACACUUACUAGUUGCUUAAUAAAGUUUAUUGAUUGACUUCACCCAGGUAAUUCUCAAAAGGACUGCUGAUCUUCAGUAGAGGAAGUUUCUUCAUCAGGCAUUCCCUGUACCAAAGAAAACACAGGGCAGAUACAAAAAAGACAUUUCAAGGUAUUAGAUGUGAUUAUGUCUAAAUUUCUUUCUAAGUCCUAAAACCUAAAUUGGCUAGCAACGGAAACUGGACUGGGACUAAGUAUACAGCACGGACAUUCUGAAAAUUAAUAAUUAGUGCUGACAAUAAGGGGUCCUCAAACUUUUUAAAUAGGGGGCCAGUUCACUGUCCCUCAGACUGUUGGAGGGCCCGACUAUAGUAAAAACAAAAACUUUGUUUUGUGGACCUUUAAAUAAAGAAACUUCAUGGCCCUGGGUGAGGGGAAUAAACAUCCUCAGCUGCCGCUGGCCCGCGGCCGUAGUUUGAACUCGAGUUCCAAGGAAGCACAUUCUAGGUGCACAGAUGCUUUUAGAUGGCAGAAGAAAAGAGACAAAAAAGAGAAGGAAAGAGAGAAGAGAGAAAAGAUAUUAGAUAGAAUUCAGAGGAGAAUGAGGAGGGGUGGUGGGAGGAAAGGACAGAAAGAAAGGGAGGGAGGGAAAGAGAAAAAGGGAGGGGAAGGAGAAUUUAAAAGACAGGGGAGAAGAGUCAGAAGAGGUAAGAGAAGGGGGGAAAGGAAAGAAAAAAUAGAGGACAAAGAAAUGAAAAAAAAAAUACAAGAACCGGGCUGGUGCUCUCUUUCACUCUCUCCCUGCUUAAAAAUAAUCCCAUCAUCAUGGGAUCCAUCUUACCCCGUGAAAAUAAAGAACCUGGACACACUCAUAGGUUGAAGGAAAAAAAAAAAAAAAAAACAACCCACACAAAUAAGCCAAGUCCCCGCAAGACUCUUGAGUAAAAAAUGGACCUUGCAACUUCAAAUCCAUUACUUUUCUACCCUCCCGCGCCUUAUUUAAAGGAAUUCAAGUCCCAGAACCCGAGAGUCGUCCUCCUCGCCACCCGUGGUACGCUAGGUCGAUUCCGGUCCUCUGCUCCUGGACAAUCUGCGCUUGCGCUUAUGCCCCGGUCAGACUUCUUUCAAGCGCCCGACCACUUUCUUUUUCGACUCUCAACCCAGCCUGGGUCUCCAACGGGUCUCUAAGGACUCCAGAGCGCGCCGAAACACAGAGAGAUACCAAGAAGGAGGAGCUAGCGUGAGGACACGCCCAAGAAGUAACCGGCGACACUGGCCUUCCGGACGGAAGUAGGAAGCCCUCGGCAGGCGCUGAUUGGAUCUCGGGGAAGCGCGUGUCUCUGCCCCCGCGCCAGUUUCAGGCGCGUUGGCGCGGAAUCCUGAGCCGGAGUCUCACGGACCAUGGCGCCGGUGCACAGCGCAGAGCCCGAGCCUGAGAGCAGCGGGAGUUCCAUAGCUUCCCGUUCUCGGAGGGAAAAAAAAUCAGCAAAAGGACGUCAGGAAGCACUAGAACGACUGAAAAAGACAAAAGCUGGUGAAAAAUUUAAAUACGAGGUAGAGGACUUCACAAGUGUUUAUGAUGAAGUUGAUGAAGAUCAGUACUCCAGAAUGGUCCAGGCACGGCAGGAUGAUGACUGGAUUGUGGAUGAUGAUGGCAUUGGCUAUGUAGAGGAUGGCCGGGAGAUUUUUGAUGAGGAGCUUGACGAUGAUGCCUUUGAUGUCAGUAAGAAAGGAAAAGGUGAUAAAGCAUUCCAGGACAAGAAGAACAUAAGGAAGGCUGUGGUAUCAAAGCCAAAUAAUAUCAAGACAAUGUUUAUGGCAAGUGCUGGAAAGAAAAUUACAGAUAAAGUUGUAGAUUUGUCAAAGGAUGAUUUACUAGGGGAUAUUCUGCAGGAUCUUAAUGCUACGACAUCUCAGAUAACUCCACCACCUGUAAUGAAGCUAAAGAAGAAAAGACCCACUGGAGCUUCACUGAAUCCUUUUUCUGUGCAGAUACCCAAGGCAACUCCUUUGGGGAAAAAUGAUGUUUCUGUUUCAAGAAAGGAAUCUCCUGUGACUGCUGUUCAUCUUAAACAUGAUCAUAUGGUCAAGGCUGGUGUUGUAAAGCAGAAGCACAAGGAUGUUGAACCGACACAAACUAUGGUAAUAAAUAGUGGUCCUGUGGAGGUGCAACAGGAAGAUGCUUCUGAAGGAGAGGAGACAAUGAAAGAGGAGGAAGAAGAACAAGAGGAGCAAAAGGGUUUGGUGGAUUUUGAAGAUGGAGACUUUGAUGAACCCAUGGAAGAUGAAGAAGCUGACGUUCCCCCCAAAGUUAUCAAGAUCCAGGAAAAAGAUAAGGAACAAAAAAAAAGUGUGGAGCCAAAGUUGUCACAUUUAGACAGUUUUUUCCCAGAUGUUUCUUGUUGGGACAAAAUAGAUCAGGAAGGUGAAAACAGUAUACAAACUCAAGAAAUCCAAGUAGAUUCAAAUCGCCUUCCAUUGGUUAAAGGGACAGAUGGUGAUCAAGUCUUUUUGUUUUAUUGGCUGGAUGCUUAUGAAGAUCAGUAUAAUCAACCAGGUGUCGUAUUUCUGUUUGGCAAAGUUUGGAUUGAGUCAGCAGAGACCCAUGUAAGCUGUUGUGUCUUGGUAAAAAACAUCGAACGGACUCUCUAUCUCCUGCCUCGUGAAGAGCAAAUAGAUCUAACUACUGGAGAGAAGAAAGGGAUUCCAGUUACAAUGAAAGAUGUUUAUCAAGAAUUUGAUGAAAAGACUGCAACAAAAUAUAAGAUUAUGAAAUUUAAGUCCAAGAAAGUUGAAAAGAACUAUGCUUUUGAAAUCCCAGAUGUUCCAGAAAAAUCUGAAUACUUGGAAGUAAGAUAUUCGGCUGAAUUACCACAACUUCCUCAAGAUUUGAAAGGAGAGACAUUUUCUCAUGUAUUUGGUACUAAUACAUCUAGUUUGGAACUUUUCUUAAUGAAUAGAAAGAUCAAAGGUCCUUGCUGGCUGGAAAUAAAAAAUCCACAGCUCUUGAGUCAACCAAUCAGUUGGUGUAAAGUGGAGGCAAUGGCUUUAAAACCAGAGUUGGUGAACGUUGUUAAAGAUAUUGCUCCCCCUCCGCUUGUGAUCAUGUCAUUCAGCUUGAAAACUAUGCAGAAUACAAAGACUCAUCAGAAUGAGGUUAUAGCUUUGGCAGCUUUGAUACAUCACAGUUUUCCUUUGGAUAAAACAGCACCUCAGCCUCCUUUUCAGUCACACUUCUGUGUUGUGUCCAAACCAAAUGACUGUAUCUUCCCAUAUGAUUUUAAAGAAGUUAUUAAUAAAAAGAAUGUGAAGAUUGAGAUUGCUGCGACAGAGAGAACAUUACUGGGUUUUUUCUUGGCAAAGGUUCACAAAAUUGACCCAGAUGUCAUUGUGGGUCAUAAUAUUUAUGGAUUUGAUCUGGAAGUGCUACUGCAGAGAAUUAAUGUGUGCAAAGUUCCUCACUGGUCUAAGAUAGGUCGCCUAAAAAGAUCCAACAUGCCAAAGCUUGGGGGCAGGGGUGGCUUUGCAGAAAGGAAUGCGGCCUGUGGCCGCAUGAUCUGUGAUGUGGAAAUUUCAGCAAAGGAAUUGAUUCGUUGCAAAAGUUACCAUUUAUCUGAAUUGGUUCAUCAGAUCCUGAAAGCUGAAAGGGUAACAAUUCCAUCAGAAAAUAUACGAAAUAUGUACAGUGACUCUCCUCAUCUAAUGUAUCUAUUGGAAAAUACUUGGAAAGAUGCCAAGUUCAUUCUGCAAAUUAUGUGUGAACUCAAUGUCCUCCCAUUAGCACUGCAGAUCACAAAUAUUGCUGGGAAUGUUAUGUCAAGAACUAUGAUGGGUGGUAGGUCUGAGCGUAAUGAGUUCUUGCUGCUUCAUGCAUUUUAUGAGAACAACUAUAUUGUGCCUGACAAACAGAAUUUCAGGAAACCUCAACAAAGACUGGGAGAUGAAGAUGAAGAUAUUGAUGGAGAUGCAAAUAAAUCCAAAAAAGGACGAAAGAAAGCAGCAUAUGCUGGUGGCUUGGUAUUGGAUCCUAAAGUUGGUUUUUAUGAUAAAUUUAUCUUACUUCUGGACUUCAACAGCUUGUACCCUUCAAUCAUUCAGGAAUUUAACAUUUGUUUUACUACUGUGCAAAGAGUUGCUUCAGAGGACCAAAAAAUCACAGAGGAUGAAGAGCAAGAAAAUAUUCCUGAUUUGCCAGAUCCAGAUUUAGAAAUGGGCAUUUUACCCAGAGAAAUCAGGAAACUUGUUGAGAGGAGAAAACAAGUCAAACAGCUCAUGAAACAGCAAGAUUUAAAUCCAGACCUGGUUUUACAGUAUGACAUUAGACAGAAGGCUUUGAAGCUCACAGCAAAUAGUAUGUACGGCUGUCUUGGAUUCUCCUUUAGCAGAUUUUAUGCGAAACCAUUAGCUGCUUUGGUGACUUACAAAGGAAGGGAGAUUUUGAUGCACACCAAGGAGAUGGUUCAAAAGAUGAACCUUGAAGUUAUUUAUGGAGAUACAGAUUCAAUUAUGAUAAAUACUAAUAGCACAAACCUGGAAGAAGUCUUCAAGUUGGGGAACAAGGUUAAAAGUGAGGUAAACAAGUUGUACAAGAUGCUAGAGAUUGAUAUUGAUGGCGUUUUCAAGUCUUUGCUUCUGCUAAAGAAAAAGAAAUAUGCUGCUUUGGUGGUAGAGCCAACUUCAGAUGGGAAAUAUGUCACCAAACAAGAGCUGAAAGGACUAGACAUAGUGAGAAGAGAUUGGUGUGAUCUUGCCAAGGAAACGGGAAACUUUGUCAUUGGUCAGAUUCUUUCUGAUCAGACUAGGGACACAAUUGUGGACAACAUUCAGAAACGGUUAAUAGAAAUUGGAGAAAAUGUGAUGAAUGGUAGUAUCCCAAUAAGCCAAUUUGAAAUUAACAAGGCAUUGACAAAGGAUCCUCAGGAUUACCCUGACAAGAAAAGCCUACCACAUGUUCAUGUUGCUAUAUGGAUAAACUCUCAUGGAGGCAAAAAAGUUAAAGCUGGAGAUACUGUGUCAUAUAUUAUUUGUCAGGAUGGAUCCAACCUAAGUGCCAGUCAAAGAGCUUAUGCCCCUGAGCAGCUGCAAAAACAAGACAAUCUGACCAUCGAUACUCAGUACUACCUGUCACAGCAGGUCCACCCUGUUGUGGCUCGAAUCUGUGAGCCAAUAGAUGGAGUUGAUGCUGCUCUUAUUGCAACAUGGUUAGGACUGGAUCCCGCUCAAUUCAGAGUUCACCAACAUUACCAUAAAGAUGAAGAGAAUGAUGCCUUACUUGGUGGCCCAGCACAACUCAGUGAUGAAGAAAAAUUUAGGGACUGUGAAAGAUUCAAAUUUUGUUGUCCUAAAUGUGGAACUGAGAACAUUUGUGAUGGUGUCUUUGAUGGUUCGGGAGCCCAGAUGGAGCCCAGCUUGUUUCGUUGCCGUAAUAUAGAUUGUGAUGCCUCACCUAUAACCUUUGUCAUCCAGCUGAACAAUAAAUUAAUCCUGGAUAUCAGGCGAUACAUUAAAAAAUACUACAAUGGUUGGUUGAUAUGUGAGGAGCCAACAUGUCAGGCUAGAACUCGUCGACUUCCCCUUCAGUUCUCCCGAAGUGGACCUCUCUGUCAGACAUGCAUGAAAGCUACCCUCAAACAAGAGUAUUCCGACAAGUCUCUGUAUACCCAGCUGUGCUUUUAUCAGCACAUGUUUGAUAUGGACCAUGCACUGGAGAAACUUAUUACUGAUCAUGAGAAAGAUACCGCUGAAGCUGAUCCAGUGGCUGGCCGGGAAUUGGAAGCGUCUGUCAUGGGGCAGUUGGAGCGCGUUUUGUAGGAAAUGCUAUUUAUUUUAAAUGCUCCACCUGCUGGGAGCCGAGCCAUAUUGAAGAAGAAAGAAUUCCUCUCCAAGAAAAACCUUGAAGCAUACAAAACACUAAAGAGCACAGCAGAGAAGUUCUUGUCCUG